GGAUCAAUAAUGAUUCAUAAUUUUUGAGUAACAAAUAAAGAAAAGUUUUCUUAAAGUUUAAUUUAGAUCUUUGCUAUUUGAAAUCAACAUCAAAUAAUUGUUAGACGCUUUUUUAACUAAUACAUUAUCACAAAAUGUCGUUCUUCAAGAAUUUGUUUGGAGGAAAGAAGGCCGACCCAGCCCCAACCACAUCUGAUAGUAUCCAGAAAUUGCGUGAAACUGAAAAUAUGUUAUUAAAGAAGCAAGAAUUCCUUGAAACAAAGCUUGAAGCUGAACUAAAAAUUGCAAAGGAGAAUGCGUCAUCGAACAAAAGGGUGGCUCUCCAAGCAUUAAAACGAAAAAAGCGCUAUGAACAACAAUUGGAGCAACUUCAGGGAACUUUGACGACAAUCGAAACGCAACGUGAAGCAUUAGAGAAUGCAAAUACAAAUGCCGCUGUUUUGGAUACAAUGAAAGGAGCUUCUGAUGCGCUUAAGAAGACACACAAAGAUAUGAAUGUUGAUAACGUUCAUGAUAUGAUGGAUGAUAUUGCUGAGCAGAACGACGUAGCUAAUGAAAUUUCGAAUGCUAUUUCAUCGGGUAUCAUUUCUUCUUCUGGUGUUGAUGAAGAUGAAUUGGCUAAAGAGCUGGAAGAACUCGAGCAAGAAGAACUUGACAAAGAUUUACUCAAUGUUGGUCCGGCUACGAAUAAGCUACCCGAAGUUCCAAGCACCGAUUUACCAACAACUUCAAAGGACAAAGAGAAGAAAAAAGCAAAACCAGUUGCAGCAGAUGAUAUGGAUGAUGAUCCCGAUAUGAAAGAACUUAUGCAAUGGGCGAAUUAAUGUGCUGUCGAGUCGAUUCCAAGGCCUUUGUCUUCAUCAGGUCCCUAUAAACUAAUUAUUGAUUAUUAAUCGUCUCCCCACAUCCUUAAAGAUUCGUGUUUAUAUUAAAAAAGCAAAAAAUGCAAAUUAUUCAGAUUUAUUUAACUCGAUUUUUACUCUUUUGUUUUUCUUUCAUUUUAAUCAUUCAUUUUUGAGAUGAAAAUCUUAGCUUCAAAUACACAAAAAGUAAUGAACGAGAGAAUGAAAUCCUCGUUAAUGCAGUCAUGUCCAUUUGUUGCUGCUAUGCGCUUCUAUAUAAAAAAUUCUAAUUCUUUGAAUAAACAAUGAACAAGAUAACUAACAUGAAAGCUUUGUAAAUAUGGUUGCUGAUCGUGAGAAAGUUAAAAACAAGACGAGAGAUUAGUUUGGGUUGAGGAUUUAAUUGUUUGUCGAUUCUGUUUUUUAAAUUAUAUUCGCAUAUAAUUACAAAAAUUGCACUAUUUUAAUCAAACCUUGAAAUAAAAAUGAAAGAACGUAAAAGUUGAAUGGAUUGCGUAAUUUUAAUUACUUUUGACAGGGUCUUGGGUUGUGUGACAAUUUUUGUUCGUUCCGGGAUAAGAAAAACGGAAGUGGGACAAGGGCUUGAUUAAAAUCGCCGAUUACGCGAUAUUUUUGGACAUCGUUAAGCAAUUUCACUUUCUUUUCGCCUUCAAAUUCUUUAUGUGAUAUGAAUUUUUAUAAAGCG